AUGGCGUCCGCGACCACCACGUCGGCGGAUGUUCCGCACAUCGCCCAGGCCGAGUCCUUCCCGGACGGCACCACUGACCACAUUCCCCUCCGCAAGAAGGCCUACGACAUCCGCAAGCCGCACAUCUCGGAGCAGCCGUGGACAUGGUCCAACUGGUAUCAGCACAUCAACUGGCUGAACACCACUUUCAUCAUCUUCAUCCCCCUGGCCGGCUGUGUUGCCGCCUACUGGGUCCCUCUCCAGAUGAAGACUUUGUACUUCUCCAUCGCCUACUACUUCUUCGCUGGCCUCGGCAUCACUGCGGGCUACCACCGUCUCUGGGCCCACUCCAGCUACAAGGCCCGUCUCCCUCUCAAGAUCUUCCUGGCUGCUGGUGGCUCUGCUGCUGUUGAGGGCAGCGCUCGCUGGUGGUCCAGCUUGCACCGUUCUCACCAUCGCUACACCGAUACCGACAAGGAUCCCUACUCGGUGCGCAAGGGUCUGUUCUACAGCCACAUCGGCUGGAUGGUUGUUAAGCAGAACCCUCGCCGCAUCGGCCGUACCGAUAUCAGCGAUCUGAACGAGGACCCCGUCGUCGUCUGGCAGCAUCGCAACUACCUCAAGUGCGUCGUCACUAUGGCCCUGAUCGUUCCCACCCUUAUCUGCGGCCUCGGCUGGGGCGACUGGGCUGGCGGCUUCAUCUAUGCCGGCAUUCUCCGCAUCUUCUUCAUCCAGCAGGCCACCUUCUGCGUCAACAGCUUGGCCCACUGGCUCGGCGACCAGCCAUUCGAUGACCGCAACUCGCCCCGCGACCACGUCAUCACUGCCCUGGUUACCCUGGGUGAGGGCUAUCACAACUUCCACCACGAGUUCCCCAGCGACUUCCGCAACGCCAUCGAGUGGUACCAGUACGACCCCACAAAGUGGUUCAUCUGGCUCAUGAAGUUCGUUGGCCUUGCCUACAAUCUCAAGACCUUCCCCCAGAACGAAAUCGAGAAGGGCCGUCUCCAGCAGAUGCAGAAGAAGCUCGACCAGAAGCGCGCCACCCUCGACUGGGGCACUCCCCUCGAGCAGCUGCCCGUCCUCUCCUGGGACGAGUUUGUCGCCGAGGCCAAGAACGGCAGGGCCCUCGUCUGCAUUGCUGGCAUCAUCCACGACGUCGGCAAGUUCAUCCAGGACCAUCCUGGUGGCAAGACCCUCAUCUCGUCCGCUAUUGGCAAGGACGCCACUGCCGUCUUCAACGGUGGUGUCUACAACCACUCCAACGCCGCCCACAACCUGCUCUCGACCAUGCGUGUGGCCGUCCUCCGCGGCGGCUGCGAGGUCGAGAUCUGGAAGCGCGCCCAGGCCGAGAGCAAGGACGCUGUCCCCGUCACCGACUCGACUGGCAACCGCAUCAUCCGCGCUGGCCAGCAGCCCACUCGGGUUCCUCAGCCCGUACAGACUGCCGAUGCUGCUUAA